UCAGGAAAAUAAAAACAACAUAUCGAACUCAAGCCACUGUGAAUUAGGGGAAAUCGAAAACCCUAACCCACACAACUUUCACAAUUUGAUAGAAUCUCAGAGAGGAGUGUGGAUGCUGAGAUUGGAAGGGGAGAAGAAAAUGGACGAAAACCACCGUGAUUUGCGUCUGAUGAGCUCGCAGGGUUCAGCUACGGUCAUCGACGGGUUGAAGGAGGACAUUUACAGAGUCAUCAGAGACAAGAUUGAGUUUGAGAUGCUCGACAACGCUCGCGUCAUGAAAACCGUUAACCUUGAACUCGAGGUGAGGCAACUCACCGAGUCUCUAAAGAUCUCGCGCAAUGAAGAGGCGAUUAUGCGUGCUAAGGUUCUGGAGCUGGAGCAGCGAAUUGGUGUUGCCGUGGAGAAGGAAGAGGAGAUGGCGAGGAAGUGCAGCGCGUUGGCGAGUGAGAAGAAGGAUAUGGAGAAGAGUGUUGAGGUGUUGACGGAGAAGAGGGAUAGUGUUUGUAGGGUACUGGAUAUGGUUCAGAGGGAAUUGGAGAGUAAGCGGCGCGAGGUUGAUGUGGCCAAUAGCGCGAGGGAUGAGAUUGAGCGGGUGAAAGUUAGUCAUGAGUAUAAAAUUGCGGAGUUGCAAGGGGAGGUGGAUCGAGUGAGGGAUGUGGUGGAUGAGUUGUAUGGGUCAUUUAGGGAGUUUAAGGAUAAAAAUGAGGAGUUAGUUUCUCAAGUUCGUCAUUAUAAGAAAUCGGUUGAUGAGGUGAUGCUUGAGAAGGAGAAUAUGAGAAAGGGAUUUGAGGUGGAGAAAAAGAAAGUGGAGAAAUUGGAAUUGCAAGUUGCAGGUUUGGAGAAGAAAAUCGAACAAGCUGCAACUGAGCUGGGGCGAGUGAGAAGUGAGAGAAAUAUAGAGCCGGAAAGCAAUGUGGAUGUUUUGAUGAAGGAAAAGGAAGCGCUGCAGAAUAACCUUAUGGCAGCCCAACUUGAGUGGGAUGAUUUGAGCAGAGACGUGGGAAAUAAAAGGAAAAGAAGCAGUCCAGCUGAAGGAACAUCUUUAAGGAAGAAAGGCGGCACAUUUGAGCAAUCUCAUCAUGUUCAAGGAGAGAAUGGAUUGGAGUCAGAUCCUGACUUUAGAAUAUCAAAUGAGGACAAUUGCUCUCCAUUGGAUUCAAAUUUGAGCAAUCAAUAUCCUGAUACAGAUUUCAAUGAUUUCGAUAAGGAUAAGGCGGAGGAAUGUUUUGCUGUAAAUCAGAUAUGGGCAGUUUAUGAUAGCCCUGAUGUUCUGCCAAGAAUUUAUGCUCUUGUCAGGAAUGUGGCCUCCCCUUUCAAGUUGACGAUUACUUGGAUGGAACCUGACCCAGAUGACCAAAAGGAGAUAGAUUGGCAUGAUGCAGGUUUGCCUAUUGCUUGUGGUAAGUUCAAACUUGGUGCUUCUGAGGAUGUUGCUGAUCUUAGUAUCUUCUCUCAUCAGAUCAAGUUCCUGAAAAUUGGUGAAGGUUCUUAUGUGGUAUAUCCCAAGAAGGGAGAAACUUGGGCAAUUUUUAGAUAUUGGGAUAUCAAAUGGAGUUCUAAUCCAGAAACUCAAUUGAAGGGGGAGUUUGAAUUUGUGGAAAUCCUGUCAGACUUUACUCAGAAUGUUGGCAUUGAAGUUGCUCGCCUAGUCAAAGUGAAAGGGUUUGUUAGUCUCUUUCAGAAAUCUAAGAAGAAGGGAGUUAACGUAUUUUAUGUUCUGCCUAAUGAGCUGUAUCGGUUCUCACACCGGAUUCCUUCAUAUAAGAUGACUGGUAAAGAAAGGAAAGGUGUUCCAAAAGGAUGUUUUGAACUUGAUACUCUUGCACUGCCUACUAACUUCUUUUGACAUUGGUGAUUCUGGUGAUGCGAAGAUGGUGAAUUGAAUGUUGCACACUAGAGGAGAGAAAGUGAUGGCUAAUGAUAGUACUACUACUAGUACUAACAAGUUAAUCAUACAUAGGAGUAAUGGUGCUGAAAAAGAUCCUCAAUCCUGGAAACAUCACCAAUGUACAGAACAAGUAUGAACAAUGGUCAACAAACUUUAGGUACCAACAUUUAAGAGGUGUUUUGUAUUCUGUGUAUCUUUUUGUACUGAUCCACCUGUUUUGAUCUUGUGUUGUGACUUGGUACCUUAUUGUUUCUAUGUUCUUUUUUUUCCUCUGGGCUUUGCUACCUUGACAGAAGAGUGCCUUGGCGUAAGGAGUUAAUUUCAAUCAUAGUUCAUUUUUGUUUUUUGAACACUUACCUGCUUUCAUGAUAGUUUAACUUUCAUCACAGAGAUAAUAAUAAAAUAGUUAUUAUUCUUAUCCUUUUAUA